AUGCCACAACAAGAGGAAGAGUCUAAACCGACGUGGUUACCGUCGUCCCCGUCGACACCGGACUGUCGGACGACGCCGACAACCGUGAUCAGAUUCGGCAUCAUGUCAUCCCCUACUUAUCCAGACCCCAGACCUGCCAUUGUCGUCGGGGACCGCGUCCUGAAUUUGAGUCUGUUGAAGAAAUGGGACGGUUUCUGUUUGUUGGAAGAGUCUACAAAAUCUCAUCUUCAAGUCUUUGACGAAUCCGACCUCGACUCGUUUGCGGCUUUACCCGCCGACAUUCGAUCACGACUAAGACGGUACCUUCAAGAUUUGUUGAUCAAGGACGGACCAUACGCCUCGGCACUACAAGACAAGUUGCUCGUCAGGGCGGCCGUUGUUUUCCCGGUCGGCGACGUUACAAUUCACCCUCCCUUCAAGGCGGAUUGGAUCGAUGCCACGGUUUUGUGA